AUGCAGGAGCCGAUGUGCCUGAUUACCAACGAGGAGGAUGGAGGUCUGAGGGUGGAGCAGGAGGCUCUAGCGAUCCUGCAGCAGAUCAAGCAGCCGGUGGUGGUGGUGAGUAUUGUGGGGCUCUACCGCACCGGGAAGUCCUACCUGAUGAACCGACUGGCUGGAAAACAAUCAGGCUUUGCCCUGGGCAGCACAGUGGAAUCCAAGACCAAAGGAAUCUGGAUGUGGUGUGUGCCUCACCCCUCUAAACAAGGACACACACUGGUGCUGCUGGACACAGAGGGAUUGGGAGAUGUGAACAAGGGAGACCCAAAGCACGACACAAAGAUCUUUGCUCUGGCCAUUCUUCUGAGCAGCACUCUGGUGUACAACAGCCGCGGCACCAUUGACAACAGGACUGUGGAGGAGCUCCAAUAUGUUACAGAGCUUACUAGAUUUAUAAAGGUCAGAUCGUCUGAUGAAGAGGGAGACGAUUCAGAGUUUGUGAAGUUCUUCCCAAAUUUUGUCUGGACCGUGAGGGACUUCACUCUGGAGCUAAAGAUCGGUGGUCAGGAUGUGACAGGGGAUGAAUACCUGGAGUAUGGCCUUCAGCUGAAGAAAGGUUGUUCAGGAAAUGUGGUGGCGUACAACCUUCCAAGAGAGUGCAUCCGAAAAUAUUUUCCAUCUCGGAGAUGUUAUCCAUUUCCAUUUCCGACUAAUCCAGAGAACAUGUCUCGUUUGGAGAGUUUGAAUCAAGAUGAGCUUUCUGCUGCUUUUUUGGAGGUUGCAAAACAGUUUUGUACCUUUGUUUUUGAACACAGCCAAGAAAAAUUAAUGAAAGGUGGAUACAUCGUCAGUGGGAAAGUCCUUGGUGAUCUAGCAAAGACGUACGUAGACACCAUCUCCAGUGGUGGAAUGCCCUGUCUGGAGAAUGCUGUGGUCGCCAUCUCAGAGAAGGAGAAUGAAGCUGCAAAAGAAGAUGGGCUUCGUUUGUAUCGGAGUGGUAUGGACCAGCUGAAGCAAACCUUUCCUGUAGAGCUGCAGGUCGUGACCUCUAAACAUCGGGAACUCAACAGCAUGGCCAUUCGGGAGUUCAUGAAGCGAUGCUUUAAGGAUGAUGAGGGAGUCUUUAUGGAAUCUUUGGAGAAAGAAAUUGAUGAACAUUUUAAGCAGUAUUUACAAAACAAUGAGGAGGCUUCAAAGAACAAAUGCCAGGAUAUUUUGGAUCAUCUAUCUGCUGAUAUGGCCGAUAAACUCCAGAAGGGAAGCUAUGCUACAUCUGGAGGCUACAAACUCUACCGCCAGGACAUGGAUCAUAUUGUGGAGGAAUACAACAGUCAGACCAAUGAAUCAGUCAAGGCUAAAGAAGUCCUGGAGAAGUUUGUGACGAAGAAAAGCGAGGAAUCUGAACACAUCAGACAGGCAGAUAGCAAGCUGAGGGAGAAAGAAAAACGCAUUUGUGCGGAGAAAGAGAAAGCUUUUCUCUUGGAACAGAAGAUGGAGGCUGAACAGGAAGAGAAGCACUUGUUGGAGGCAAAGAUGAAAGCAGACCAGGACACUUAUGAAGAGAGAAUGAAACAGAUGGAAGGAAAACAUGAGGAAGAGAAGAGACGUAAUGAGCAGGAGUUUGAGAGAGCUCUCGAGAGCAAGAUGAGUGAGCAGAAGAUUAUGCUGGAAAAGGGUUUUGAAGAGCAAGCCAAGAAGCUGCUGGAGGAGAUAGAUCAGUACAAGAAGGGGUGCGAGGAGAUUCAGGCCAAAUAUGAUACGGAGGUUAAGCUGGUGAGGGAGAAUCUUAAGGUGGAGAAGCAGGAGCUGGAGCAAAGACAUGAGCAGGAAUUGGCUCGACUCAAGCAGCAACACGACGAGACCAGGAACCAACACAGCGAGACCAUAAAUAUCUUGGCACAUGGAUUGAAAUCCAAAGACUCAAAAUGUUUUAAGUGUGUUAUCUUGUGAUCAAGAUCACGGUUUCAUUUCCGAGCUACAAUAACUACCCAGUUUUGUUUGCUGUUUUCUUAGUGUAUACUCAGUGGGCUGCUGCCAUCACCACCAAAAAGGUGUCUAAUGGCCUGUAUAGACUACACAAUUUCAGCCUGAUUUUGCCAUGAUUGUGCCGUGGCCAACAAAUUUCCAUUGUCGUGUCUGAAUAUUCAAAGUCAGGAACGACGCUCAAAAGAGGAAGUGUCUUGUAAUGUGACUGACCCACUAUUUAUUUUCUGCGACAUUCCACGACGUUCUGACCAAAAGUCUAGCAUGUCCGAAUUUGUGGGGAAUCUACGACUCCCGUGUUGACACUGACACUGUGAGGACACGUGACUAGAAGGCUACGAUAGAUGAUCUUGUAAUGUGGCCACUCUUACGACCAAGACGAGAAGGCUACGAUAGAUGAUCUUGUAAUGUGGCCACUCUUACGACCAAGACGAGAAGGCUACGAUAGAUGAUCUUGUAAUGUGGCCACUCUUACGACCAAGACGCAGCAAGAUUUUGUGGUUUUUUGAUCGCCUAGUCUGACAUCAAUCAUAAAAGAUAAUAGUGAAAGACAAAAACAUUGUGUGGCCUGUACAGGUCAUAACAUGUGCUCACUUCCAUCCUCUUGUUCACUACCAAGGCAGCUAGGCAGGAAGCCCCAGAGUGGUAGAGAAAACAGAGUGGCGACACUCCCGCAGGAGACCGCAGGAAGAUGGAAGCACUUUUCCAUGCCAGAUUUCGGAUUAUGGGAGUUUUGGAACUAAAAACAGGCAUUUGGGCAAGGUGUUUUUUUUUACUGAAGAAUAUUAAUUUCUUCAAGAGAUUUCCCUCUUUCUCAGAAUAAAUGUGUUUCCCUUCAAGGUAUUUUUCCUUGUUGUUUUCAUUGUCAGAUUACAA